AGUUAGUUAGUUAGCAUAACAAGCUAGCACUAGUGACAGCUCAGGGCUACAAAAACAUGAACCUCAGUUAAUUACCUCAUUGUCCUGUCUGUCUGCCAUGCCUUGUAUGGCAUAACUAACGUUAGCGGGUUCUAUGAAAGUCCGUGGGUAUCUGCAGGCCCCGGCUGACAUAUAACGACUUGUUCAUUUUCAUGCACGACUGCUGACUAGUCGUUGUUGUAUUUUGUUUCUUUGGUUAUAAGCCACACGUGACCUGGAUGUCUACGUCUCUCCACCGGAGUACAACAGCUAGGCCAUCGACGGUUUUGUAGUUCUAUUUUUGUUUCCGAUAUGCCAGCGUUCUGAAAAAGAGUGCAGAUAAGUGAUAUAAAAUAUUUGAUUGAGAAUUUUACGGCAUAAUGACUCAAAGUAAGACACGAUUAUCUGUCUGAUUAGAAAGGUGUGAAACAUAAAGCAAAAUUAUUCUGACCGGAGCACACCCACUGUUGCACUCAUUGUUUACUUCCGGUAAAGAUUUAUUUCGCUAGCUGGCAGGUUCGCAACCAUAAUAAAAAUGCAGGUAAGGUGGCUUUUCUACAAAAUGUAAAAUUCUCAACCAGUCGAUUGUCUUAAAUUAAAUACAGUUCACCAUAGCGGAUGAAAUAAUUAUUUGUAUUCAGCUAACGUUGCCCCCAGGUCACUGCUAGCGACUCGCUAACAGCCAAAGGUAGCUAAGUUAACGCGUUAAUCAAAUCUAUAUUUUUUUGUUUCUGUCAAGCAACGGGAAGAAAAAUUGCUGGAAGCAUCCGUGGAAUCGCUUAUUUCCCACGUAGCUCAUCUCAAAAAUGCUCUUCACAGUUUCAUCUACAAGUUGGAAAACGAGUAUGAACGACUGACAUGGUAAGUGUCUAACUUAGCUAGCUAUUAAAAAUCUCGCCUAGUCAGACCAUUAGCCACUCUGUUCCCAGCUGGCUGAUACAGCAUCACAUUAGCCCGUUACAAUCUGCUAACUAGUAAGUGACGAGCUAAACACUAACGUUAGUUCGUAUUCGGCUUACACCACUUUGCAUAUGAUACGUUUGGAGUAAGCUAGCUAGGUCCCAGUGUUGCUUUUGGAUGGCAUCACUGAAUGCAAUCUGCGAGACUUGGUUAACUAUUUGGAUGAAUUAAUAUCAUUGUAUGAAAACAAAUGUACUCUACCAGUUAAUUCAUGAAGUUGUUGUCUCUCUGUAAUUGGACAACAGGCCCUCUGUGUUGGACAACUUUGCCCUCUUGUCCGGUCAGUUGAACACCAUCAAUAAACUGUUGAGGAAUGAGAAGACGCCAUCUUUCCGCCAGCAGAUCAUCAUCCCCCUGCUGUUGUCUCCAGACAGGGAUGAGGAAUUAGCUGUGAGUAUCUUUUCCGUGGAUGAGGAUUAGCCUGGGUAAACCAGACUGAAUGCUGUACUCAGCCAGUGAAACAACAGUGAGAACAGCCUUGAGUCUGGUUUAACCAGGCUAGAGGAGGAUAGUUUUACAGACACACAUACCCUAUUCUUUGCUUACCUCCAUACACACUGCCCCCACUCUCCAGAAACUGACAGAGCAACGCGUGCCUGUGUUCAGCCAUGAGAUUGUGCCGGAUCACCUGCGCACCAAGCCUGAUCCUGAGGUGGAGGAGCAGGAGAAACAGCUGAGUGCGGAAGCUGCCCGGAUAGGACCUGAGGUGGCACAGGUAAACCGACUUGGUCUUCAUCUAUUCAUACAGGUUCUUUAUGGCAGCAGUCUGAGAGGAAAGCAGCUCCCUGGUUCACAUAAGGAAACCUGUAUCAUUUUCAUACUACUGAGUGAAAUUAUACAUCCACCCGUUGCUGGAAAGGAUAAUAAAAUAUUGACGCCACUUCAUGCCAGCGUGACGGACGUCACUGUGCUUGCUUAGCAGGUAAGCUACCUCUCUAUCUCGGCACAAUGGCCGUACAACGGCUCAUACCAAGAUCAUCUGCCUCUCAAACACACGUGACUGUUUGCGAUCGCUUGUGCAUACAUUUCAAGCUGUGGAGUGAGUUUACGGUACGAUAACAGUUUGUUACAUAUGCCCUAAUGAACACGACCCCAUGGUGUGUGGUGGGAAGACACAAUUCCAAGUAAAAUGGUGCUUGUCAUGUAAUGCACCCAUGUACAUUGGAGUCUAUCUAUCCCACAUCUCAAGUUGGAAGCAAUGAGUAACAAAAUAAUGCCUUGUUUUUCUCCCAACAGAAACAAAUCCAGACACUGAACAAGCUAUGUUCAAAUCUACUGGAGAAACUGAACAAUCCUCGCGAUGACAGGGAUGCGGACAGUGCAGGUACACUGAUUGAACCAAGAUUCCCUUUUUACUUGAGAACAUUUACAGAUAAGCUAACCUAAGAACUGAUAUGGAGUUUAUUGAUGCUUAUGUACUCAAGAUGUACAGAUGGUCAUCCCCCUCUUCAAAGGGGGUGACACUCUAGAUCCAAACUGUUAUAGACCUAUAUCCAUCCUGCCCUGCCUUUCGAAAGUAUUUGAAAGCCAAGUUAACAAACAGAUCACCGACCAUUUCGAAUCCCACCGUACCUUCUCCGCUAUGCAAUCCGGUUUCCGAGCUGGUCAUGGGUGCACCUCAGCCACGCUCAAGGUCCUAAACGAUAUUAUAAACGCGAUCGAUAAAAGACAGUACUGCGCAGCCGUCUUCAUCGACCUGGCCAAGGCUUUCGACUCUGUCAACCACCGCAUUCUUAUUGGCAGACUAAAUAGCCUUGGUUUCUCUAAUGACUGCCUCGCCUGGUUCACCAACUACUUCUCAGAUAGAGUUCAAUGUGUCAAAUCGGAGGGCCUGUUGUCUGGACCUCUGGCCGUCUCUAUGGGGGUGCCACAGGGUUCAAUUCUCGGGCAGACUCUUCUCUGUGUAUAUCAAUGAUGUCGCUCUUGCUGCUGGUGACGCUCGGAUCCACCUCUAUGCGGACGACACUAUUUUGUAUACAUCUGGCCCUUCAUUGGACACUGUGUUAACAAACCUCCAAACGAGCUUCAACGCCAUACAACACUCCUUCCAUAGCCUCCAACUGCUCUUAAACACUAGUAAAACUAAAUGCAUGCUCUUCAACCGAACGCUGCUUGCACCCGCCCACCCGACUAGAAUCACUACUCUCGGCGGGUCUGACCUAGAGUAUGUGGACAACUACAAAUACCUAGGUGUUUGGUUAGACUGUAAACUCUCCUUCCAGACUCACAUUAAGCAUCUCCAAUCAAAAGUUAAAUCUAGAAUCGGCUUCCUAUUUCGCAACAAAGCCUCCUUCACUCAUGCUGCCAAACAUGCCCUCGUAAAACUGACUAUCCUACCGAUCCUUGACUUCGGCGAUGUCAUUUACAAAAUAGCCUCCAACACUCUACUCUGCAAAUUGGAUGUAGUCUAUCACAGUGCCAUCCGUUUUGUCACCAAAGCCCCAUAUACUACCCACCAUUGUGACCUGUACGCUCUUGUUGGCUGGCCCUCACUACAUAUUCGUCGCCAAACCCACUGGCUCCAGGUCAUCUAUAAAUCACUGCUAGGCAAAUCCCCGUCUUAUCUUAGCUCACUGGUCACCAUAGCAACACCCACCCCGUAGUCUGCGCUCCAGCAGGUAUAUCUCACUGGUCAUCCCCAAAGCCAACACCUCCUUUGGCCGCCAUUCCUUCCAGUUCUCUGCUGCCAAUGACUGGAACGAACUGCAAAAAUCUCGGAAGCUGGAGACUCUUAUCUCCCUCACUAACUUUAAGCGUCAGUUGUCAGAGCAGCUUACCAAUCACUGCACCUGUACACAGCCUUUCUGAAAUUAGCCCACCCAACUACCUCAUCCCCAUAUUGUUAUUUAUUUUGCUAAUUUGCACCCCAGUAUCUCUAUUUGCACAUCAUCUUUUGCACAUCUAUCAUUUCAGUGUCAAUACGAAAUUUUAACUAUUUUGCACUAUGGCCUAUUUAUUGCCUUACCUCCAUAACUUACUACAUUUGCACACACUGUAUAUAUAUUUUCUGUUGUAUUUUUGACUUUAUGUUUUGUUUACCCCAUAUGUAACUCUGUGUUGUUGUUUUUAUCUCACUGCUUUGCUUUAUCUUGGCCAGGUCGCAGUUGUAAAUGAGAACUUGUUCUCAACUGGCUUACCUGGUUAAAUAAAAAAAAUAAAAAAUAAAAAUGGUCUAACCUAAAAUCCAUGUUAUGGAGUUUAUACUUAUGCUCUCUGUUUUUAGCUAUACGGCAGACCAAACCAUCUUUCAACCCUGCUGACACCAAUGCACUCGUAGCAGCGGUGGGAUUUGGGAAGGGGCUUUCGAAGUGCAGGCCCCCUGGGCCUGUGGCCCCGGGACACACAGGACAAGGGCCCAUGAUGAGCGGAGGUCCCACCUUACAGCAGGUCACCAUCGGUGGGGGUUCAGGCCAGCAGCAAGGCAUGGGGCCUGGUGCUCCUCAGCAGCAGGGACAGCCAGGUAUGAAGAUCCUGAAUGACAUAGACCUGAGUCUUGAUUUGCUACAUUUUUAAGUGUUUUAUUCACUUGAAGGCCAUAACUCAAGGUUCUAUAGACCAGAAUAAGAAGGGCAGUUGGUUUCUCAGACACAGAUUAUACCUAGUCCUGGACAAAAAAUAAGUUUAAAUGGACCCGGCCCUUAAGGUAUUGAGCAAAUGACUGCUCUGUAACUGACAGAUUUUUUACAUUUUAUUUUUCAGGGAAAAUGCCAAGCAACAUCAAGACAAACAUCAAGGCUGCCUCCUCAAUGCAUCCUUACAACCGAUAAGAUCCUCUCUCUAUCCCAUACUGAUAGAAAGCCUUUAGGAGGCCUGGAGAGUGAGUGAGUGAGUGCAAAGCAAUGCAAGUAUUCAUAUGAUAUAUGCUAUGUUAUCUUUUGAUUAAAUAAAUCAUUUUGAAAAGAAAGUAUCAAUGUGUCAGUGAAAGUGCAGAAUGUAGUGAAAGAGAUGUGUACUUCCAUUAGUGAACACUAGAGGGCACUGUCUUACCAUUUAUAUUCGAGAGACAGUUUGAGAACAUGGUCAUUGUUGCAGAAAAUUGAAUUGAGAUUUGAUAUUAAUAUUGAAUAAAGGGC